CUACCACUGAGCGCGGAUACGGCUCUGAGAGAGAUCCAGGAGUUGAGAGGGGGACCACUGGAGUUCUGAAACAAAGACAGGCAGCGUGCUUGCUCACUCUGCUGUGUAGGACUAUCACUGCACAUCCACUCCACGGGACCGCGCGCUCAUCUUAUUUUCUGUGCACUGAAGAGAGAGGAUGCAAAAUGUUCAUCGGCGGUUUGAGCUGGCAGACGACGCAAGAAGGUCUAAAGGAGUACUUCAGUAAAUUCGGCGAGGUGAAGGAGUGUAUGGUGAUGCGGGAUCCGGUUACAAAGCGGUCGAGGGGCUUCGGAUUUGUCACCUACGUAGACCAGGCUGGCGUGGAUAAAGUUUUGGCUCAACCCAGACAUGAAUUGGAUUCUAAAACUAUUGACCCAAAAGUGGCAUUCCCUCGCAGAGCUCAGCCGAAGCUGGUGACUCGCACCAAGAAGAUCUUUGUUGGGGGCUUGUCAGUCAACACGACCAUUGAAGAUGUGAAGCAGUAUUUCGACCAGUUUGGAAAGGUCGAUGAUGCCAUGCUCAUGUUUGAUAAGACAACUAACAGGCACAGAGGGUUUGGUUUCGUCACCUUCGAGAAUGAGGACGUGGUGGAGAAAGUGUGUGAGAUCCACUUCCACGAGAUCAACAAUAAAAUGGUGGAGUGCAAGAAGGCCCAGCCAAAAGAAGUAAUGUCACCGACAGGUUCAGCAAGGGGGCGCUCCAGGGUGAUGCCGUACGGGAUGGAUGCCUUUAUGUUAGGGAUCGGCAUGCUAGGUUAUCCAGGAUUCCAGGCUGCCACGUAUGCCAGUCGAGGUUAUACUGGCAUCACCCCUGGAUACACCUACCAGUUCCCUGAAUUCCAUUUAGAGAGGACCCCCCUUCUGACAUCACCCCACCCCCCUGAGAUCACAGGUCGGUCCCUCCACUGGGGUUUACAAGCAGCAAGCGCCAUUCCUCUGACGGCCUACGGACCAAUGGCGGCGGCGGCGGCGGCAGCAGCGGUUGUCAGAGGUUCCACCCCUUCUCGCACAGCUGGCUUCCUUGGUACCAGCAGCCCUGGGCCAAUGGCAGACCUGUAUGGAGCAGCGAAUCAGGACUCUGGAGUCAGCAGUUACAUCAGUGCUGCAAGUCCUGCCCCUAGCACUGGAUUCGGUCACAGUCUUGGGGGACCUCUGAUUGCCACAGCCUUCACUAAUGGCUACCACUGAGAAGGCCAUCAGAUCAGAAGAUGGGAGGGGUCAACUCUACUUUGAGCCAAUCAGAUCUCUUUUUCUGCUGAAUGUCGCUGUCUGGCAAGCCCGAUUGGCUGCUGCAGCUCUAACUUGACUCUGGCUCCUCUUGACUCCACCAACCCACUGAAGGUCUUUUAAUUUCCUGUUUCCUGUACUAACAUCACUUCUUGUCUUCCCUCAUUCCUGUUACUACCUUCAUGUAGGCCUUUAAAAAUAGUUUUUUAGGAAGUUUGUCUGGGGUUUCCUACAGUUGGAGAGCUUCUUUCAGGCAAACAAAAAAUGUAAAAAUCAAAAAAAGUUUGAUUGUAGAAAUCAUUUGGUGGAUUCUAGCUCCUUCUGUUUUGUUUUAUUUACUUGACUGUUCUUGAGGAAUUUUAAUUUAAUUUAAUUUUUUUUGUUUGUCGUCUUUGUUACUUUAGGUUAUACUUUUUGUCGGAAAUUAAAACCAUUGUCAUGGUGUUACAGAGAGAGGGAGAAAGCAAGAAAAUAGUUUGAGAAAAGAUUAACAUGUUUCUCUAGUCAUAAAUGAGGUACAUGGACGGGAGCAAUGAUUGGUUUGUGUGCAUGGAUGUUUGUGUCUCAGUGUUAGGUUCUUAAUUCAUUUUAAGAAAAACAGAAUAAUUCUAAUUGAACACUUUUUUACAAAAAGACAUGCAAAAGGAAAGAUGUAUAUUUUGGUAGUUUUGAAACAAAAAAGAACAUUUGUAAUAUUAAUAAUAAUAGAAAUAAUCAUAAUCAAGAACCUAUUUUCCAUAAUUGGUUUUAAACAAUGAAACAAUGUUUUGUUUCUUCCUGUAAUAUAUUGUAAAUAUAUCUCAGUCUUUUGGGUUUUUUUUUUUUGCUGUAAUGGGGAAGGGGCAAUUUUGGGGGUGGGGACAUUUAUAUUUCCUGGAAAAUGAUUGUAAAGUUGCAUAAAUCACCUUGAGUGUUGAAUACCUGAAGUGUUAAAUAUCAGUGUCACAGGGUGAAGGAAAAAAAGAUUGCAUUACUCCAGAUUUUAUCACCCAUCAGUUCUUCUUCACAACCAUCAGUCCAGAAAUGAACAAUGUACUCGUUCUCUCGAAUGACACAGAGCUCUGUAGGGAGCCUUUAAUUGCUUGUUUUGGUGUAAUCGGUACAAAUUGCAUGAAACGAGGAUCUUCUGCUGGCAAAAUCUGAUGUGAAACUCUCUAUAGUGGGAGAUGUGAUUUAUUCCCAGCUGUUUUAAUUUUUUUCUCCUUGAUGAGGACAUAUGUGGUGAUAAGCUGCUUUAUACAGCAUUCUUGUAGGGGACAAGUGAUUUCCCCCCGCAGUUUUUGGCUGCUUUUUAUACUAGUUUGCACAUUAGAAACAAAAUCAGUGAUUUUUACCACCCUUAAACACAGUCGCCACUGCUGUAUUGAAGGAAUGGGGUUAGUGAAAUCUGGAACUGGCGUUCUGCAGUUAUUGGUUCUGAUAGGGGGCAAAAACUGGAAACAUGCUACUGUAAAUGUCAAGAGGCUAUAAGACGUGGUCAGUCCUCUGUGUUGGUGCUUCAGUGCAUAAACCUAUAUCACCAGAGUUCAGUGGGGAUAUUUCUGACCGCAAAUGACCCCCCUCCCCCAAUUUUCUAGGGGAAAAACAGUGGAGAACACGAACUUGAGGUGUUUCAUGCAAUUGGGGCUGAAGGAUUAGGUGAGGAAUGUGGGUGUGUUCGAUGGGUGGGAUCUUACUGUUCCUAUUGCGUCUUGAAAAAAGCAAAAAAAAAAAAACGGCUUGUGGCAUCAU